UCAAUCUGUCACCGGAGACCUCACUGCGUUAACUACCAAGUUUUACAAUGGCGUCAGCUUGAAAUUCCUAAUCAGAAUAUCGUGUUGUGAUGUAUUUUUUUUAAGUAGUUUUCUUGUUGUUUUGUUAUUCCAUUAAUUUUAAUAUUUUUUUAGUUCAUUAAUGGUGAAUGAAAACAGUGUUUUCUGAUAAAAUGUUAGGAUUUUAAUUUAUCAAUCACUCAAAUGUUAACGUGGUCUUUAUCCGGUUGCCGCUGUGCUAGCGCUGUCCCUUUCCCACUCACGCACUUAGACGGGGCACUUCUAUCCGUCGUGCUUUCUCGCGCGCAGUCCGAACAUCCGUUCAAUGGCUGGUGGGCAAGAAAAAUGGUAUUUUACAAAAGAACAGCUACAGAAUUCACCAAGCAGAAAAUGCGGUUUAGAUGCAGAUAAAGAGUUAGCUUAUCGGCAGCAGGCCGCGAAUCUAAUACAGGAUAUGGGACAGAGGCUUCAAGUCUCUCAACUAUGUAUCAACACGGCGAUAGUGUACAUGCAUCGGUUCUACGCCUUCCAUUCGUUCACACAGUUUCACAGGAAUGCCAUAGCUGCAGCAGCUUUGUUCCUGGCUGCGAAGGUGGAAGAGCAGCCAAGGAAGCUGGAAUAUGUUAUAAAAGUGGCCCACGUAUGCCUCCACAGAGGUGAGGGGGUGAACGCUCUGACACCUGAACAGUAUCAGGAGCAGGCGCAGGACCUUGUGUUCAACGAGAACGUUCUGCUACAGACAUUAGGUUUCGAUGUAGCGAUCGACCACCCCCACACGCACGUUGUGCGAACGUGUCACCUUGUAAAAGCGACCAAAGAUUUGGCUCAAACAUCAUAUUUUAUGGCAUCAAACAGUCUCCAUUUGACAACAAUGUGUUUGCAGUACAAACCGACGGUUGUAGCGUGUUUCUGUAUACAUUUGGCCUCUAAAUGGAGUAAUUGGGUUAUCCCACAAUCGUACGAGGGCCGCCACUGGUUUUCGUAUGUAGACAAGACUGUUACAAUGGAACUAUUAGAAAAAUUAACUGGAGAAUUUCUUCUUAUAUUUGAGAAAUGUCCAUCUAGAUUAAAAAGGAAGAUGAUGAAUGUUAAAGCUGCCGAUGGCAGUUCUCCCGCCUCGUUACCUCAGCACGGCUCUGGUGCGAACCAGGCCUCACCAUUUGACAAGAAGCACGGACAACAUUCGAGCACUAGCGAUGAAAUAGAUAAAUCAUUUGAUAAAGAAUAUGAACGUGAAAGAAGACGUCAACCGGUGCCGGGAAGCUAUGUCCCCGCACCGUCCGCCGCGCCACCUGCGCAACCGCCUCCCCAGAAACUGGAUUACAAUCAAUACCGGGAGAAGAGGGAAAGAGAGGAACGGGAGCGAAGGGAAGAGAAAGCGAGACGGGAACAAUUGCAUCAACAGAGGCCUAAUGCUCCACAGCAGAGGCCUAGUCAACCUCCACCCCACCAUCAGCGACCUCAUCAUCACAAACCGCACCAUCCAUGGCCUCCGCAGAAACCUCAUCAACAGAAACCACCUCACGAACAUAAUAGACAUCACAGGCCGAUGCCGGCGCCCUCAACGUCGGCUUCGGGGUCUGCGUCCGCCUCGUCGAGUCAAUCCGUCCAAGAGAUACCGCAGAGAACGCGGCCUCCUUCAUUGUUCUCUCCGGAGAAUGCCACCACACCCACAGCAGCGGCCGCCGCGGCUCCCAGGCGACCGCAGCCCCAACCACAACUUCAACCCCAAAUACAACCUCAACCCCAAAGCCAGCACCCACCAACGCAACCGCCUCAGUCGCAGCCCCCGCGACCCAAACAUGAACCCCGACAUAACCCGCCGCCCGUAUUGAUACAAGAACAAAGACCGCCCAGUCCGAGGAAGAGGCCCGACCCUUCUGCGGCGAUCAAAGAAAUGCAACCUCCCGCCAUCUUAUCCCCCUUCUCGUCGCCGCCUUCCAUAGAGCAGCCCAAGCCGAGGCAGAGACAGCAUUCUAAUUCGGAACCGGAACUGGUGCCCGUCAUGAAGAAAAUAGACGAGACCCCUGGCUACGAAAAUAUUAUGAAAGAAAAUCAAAGAAUUAUCAAGAAUAAAGUAUCGGAGAGGAAACCUGAGCCUCCUCCCCGAGCACUUAAUGGCAUAGAAACUGAUCCCACUCUAGUUUCUAAUUUACUGAAGGAGAGUCUCGCGAAACCCGUUCCGAUAUCGGUUCCGACAGAAAAGAAAUCUCCAAUAGAAGUCAAAAGGGAGGUGGUCGAACCUCCCCCUCCUCCCGCACCCGUCCAAGCCCAACCUGAAUUGAUACAGCCUCCAGAUCAGGCUGACCAGAAACACAAAAAAGACAAAAAGAAAAAAGAGAAACACAAACACAAAGACCGAGACAAAUCCAAAGAAGAGAGAAAGAAACACAAAAAGGACAAAGAAAAAGAGAAAAAGAAAGAUAGUCCGCCUCCUGUCGAAACUCAGGACGGCACCUUGCGGAUAACAAUACCGAGGGACAAGCUGUCCACCAGUCCGGGGCAAGGACUCAAGAUCAAGAUCCCGAAGGAACGUCUCGCCGCUCCGCCUCCCCCGCCUCAGCACCCGCCCCCCCAAGCCGGCUUGAAGAUCAAGAUUUCCAAGGAGGUGUUGGAAAGUUCCCGCAAGCGAGCCGCCCCGCCCGAGCCCGGGCUGCCCAACAAGCUGCCGCGACACAACGGAGCGCCGCACCACAAGGUAGGCACCUGGCCCAUCCCUUUCAGGCACCCCCCGCCGUACUACAUGGUGCAGCCGCCGCCCAUGUUCCCAUACGGCGUCAUGGACGGCUACUUCUACGGCAUGGAGGGCUACAUGUACCCGCCGCCGCAACACCAGCCGCAACACCAGCCGCAGCAUCAACCGCAGCCGCCACAGCCUCCGCUGCCGCCGCUGCCCCCGCCCUCUGUGCCGCCACCGCCCCCGGAUUAACUCUGAUACGGUCGUAGACACGAAUAAUUUGGUACAAUUAAUGUUCUGUGUCACUCGCAUAAGGUAUAUUGGCAUCGCGCUCUCAACCUGGCGGUGAGCGAUGCCAUCACAUCACAGCUCUCUUCAAAAUAGUUACCUUAAAAAAGGAAAUUGCUUUUACAACAAAUUUUAAAUAAUAUGAUUAGGUAUUAAUAUGUACCUGCUUAAAUAAUUAAACUAUACUGUUGUAGAGUUAAAUUGUAUUUUAAUUAUAUAAUAUAAAUAAUCAGAACAUACAAGGACAGGACUACUACAUGACCCAAUUUUAUGAAGUCUGAUACUAUACAAAAGUGUGACUUGCCAGAGGGCAGUUGACGCUAAAUUCUACGAAAUUAUUUCAUAUCUACGACCAAACUGUAAAACAAAAAAUAAUAUCACGAACAUUUACAAAAAAAAACUUAUCAGAAUGCUAUAUUUUAAAAAUAAUUUACAAAAUUUUAUUACAAUGUGUGGUAAUUUUCGUAUACAUGCUUAUGUUAUAUUUACAUGUUAAUUAAUUACUAAUUACAAUAAUUUAGUACGUUACUUGUAUUAUAGAAUUGUUACUCUACUAAGCAAAAGCAUUCUGUUUUUUUUUUUGUAAUUAAAUUACCACUAUUAUAAUGUAAAAAUUUAUACAUACUACUUUAUUUAAAGAUUUUAUUACAAAGUUAAGAGCUUCGUCAUGUGAUACAAAUAAGGCGUGUAGUGUUGAUAUAACAAAGUUCUAUUAAUAUGUAGUGUGCUUAUAAGAAAAUGCUUUUAUGAUGAAUUUCAAGAGUUAAACUAGUUAUUUUCGGACACAGAAAAAGAACAGCUUUAGUAAAUUGUCUAUGGUCUAAUUGUAACUAUUUAUUAAUGUGAAGUAAACAUUAGUACAUUCAAAAAGAAGUACAAUGUCGCCUAUUAAUAAUUUAAACUUCUUAAUGAGUAUUUCUCAAUGAUUAGAUGAUAGAUUAGAUGGCAGAUCAUAAAACCUGUUCAAAUGUGCCACUAAUUUACAUCUAUGCAGUUAUUACAAAAUAAACAAUAAAUUAAAAUUUGUACAUAAAAAUCAGAGAUCGAGCCACUAGAAGAACUCGUGUUAAGAAUUGUUACUAACUGCUGGUAUUCUCUUGAAAAUCACCAUGAAAGGAAAUUACCCAAAAAAAUACUCUAAAAUAUAUAAAUGAAAAAAUCAUAUAAAAACGUUUUAUAUAAUCUAAUAAAUGUCUAUUUCUACAUAUUUUGUAGAUGAAAUCAAUAUUUUACAUAUAAAAUAUAUUUAAUAUAGUUUUUUACAAUAUAAUAUUCGCUUCUUUCUUAAAGAGCUUAUUCAGAUAUUUAUUUACAUAGUGUAUUUUGUAUUUAAAUUUUAUUAGUAAAUUUUACAAAUAUUUUUAAACUUUAAGCUUGUUGCUUGUCGAAAAAUAAUAAGCAGUCUGAUCUUGAAUUUAGGACGUUGUUUAAUCGAUAUCUUUGUGGACCAUGUGUUGAGUUGAAAUUAGAUUUAAAUGUAUCGAAUAUUGCAGGCAUAUUCCUGCUGUUUGUUUUUUUAACUGACUUCAAGUUAAAAAGGAGGAGCCUCUCGAUUCGUGUCGUAUGUUUUCUUUGGUUUGGACCAACAGUUGUAUAGGCUCUCAACUAACUCCGAAUGAAUAUACAAUAUUAAGGUAUAGACUAUCCGUCCGAUUAUUGAAGUUUUGAAAGAAUUUAUCAUUCUAUAGUAAAAAGCCAUUUGCAUUUUAUAUAUUAUAUACUAAUUUAACGUUACCCAUUUUGCAAUUUGUUAUAAAACCUUGUUAUCAACAUUUUUAGUCUUUUCAAACGAAAUGAGGUUCUAUUGGUGUAGUAGUAGAUGUCGAUUAUUGCCGCCAGAUGGUGCUUAACAUUAUUUAAUUUACUUUAAGAAAUGAACUUCCAUGAACCUCGAGUUGUAUUCUACAUAUUUACGUUUGGUGUUUUGAAAAUUAUAGUUUAUCAUUUUCGCCGAUAGAUGGCGCUUUCAUAAAUUUCUAACUGAACACAUGUUCGUUCAAAUCUGUAUCCUAUUCCUAAUUCAACAGAGUUUCACUUGGAAAACAUUUAAAAUAAAAUCUAAUUUGCUGUCGAAUGUGGAAAGUAUUUUUUUAAAUAUUUGGUCAAAUGUGGUUUUACAGUUUGACAUUUUCUUGCGUCAUAAUGGAAAUGUGUACUAAUGCCUCCUCAGUCAAUGCAAACUUUUAUCUUCGAACUAUUCUCACUGGUGGUAGGAUCUCUUGCGAGUCCGCGCGGGUAGGUACCACCACCCUGCCUAUUUCUGCCGUGAAGCAGUAAUGCGUUUCGGUUUGAAGGGUGGGGUAGCCGUUAUAACUAUACCUGAGACCUUAGAACUUAUUCUCAAGGUGGGUGGCGCAUUUACGUUGUAGAUGCUUAUGGGCUCCAGUAACCACUUAACACCAGGUGGGCUGUGAGCUCGUCCACAAAUCUAAGCAAUAAAAAAAAAAUCUAAUGUCCUAAAAAAUCCUAUGUAAUGUAUCCCCUAUUUUAUUAUGAAUAUGGUAAAAUCGAUCGAAAUCUUGAGUCUUAGCCCUUUUUCAUUGAGAUACCAUUUUGUUAUGGUCUACGAUCUUUAGGCAACCGUUUAGCUCUGCCUGCAUAAGACCCAGUUAGUUACUUUGGUGUCCACUCACAUUCAAGUAGAAUAAUAGCUAGAGUUGUGAAACAAAAAAUGCCCAUGAGGUAUCAAGACAAGAUGCAGCGAAUUUCAUUAUCACCUUGACUACACAUGUAGAUUGUUUAAAAUAUAAUGAUGUAUAUAAACAAAUAUUUGGUUGCAUAUUGGUGUUUUUGACAACACAAUUGUGCACAGCCAUUUAUAGUUGAGUGAAACCUUUAAUGUGUUUAUAAUACACAUCUGUAUCCUUCUUGUUGUCUCCAGUUUUUUUUUCCCGGUAAACAUGACGACACUUUUCAAACAAUGUCAUUCAAUAUUCUACCCAACUAAGGCAUAGAAAAAAGGAAUACAAAACAAGCUACUUUACAAAUAUCAAAAUAUCAUCAAUGUUGAUUUUUAAUAGCAUUUUUAAAUUCUUAUAAGUCUGUCCUGAGCUUAGCUUCGUCUAAUAUAAUACAACAAUAUAGCAAGGACAUAAACAGGGUUUCAAUCUAAAACAAUGGUCGUAUAGAAAACAUAUUUUUUUGGAACAGAAGCUUCCUGAGCUUUUAACAGAAUGGAGUAUUGAAUGUAUUAAAAAAUGCAGUAGAAUAUUAUAUUUAAAAAAAAAGAAUCAAAAAAAGAAUUGUACAAUUCAAUUAUGUACAUUAGGUAUCAAAUAGUUUUAUAUUUAAUAGAUAAAGGAUUGAUAAAUAGAUAGAAUAAUUAUAUUUGUGUAUAUUUGUACUGGGAGAGUAAUCAUUGUAUUUUUGCUAACUUUUAUUUUUAUUCAAUUAUAAACUUUGUUAAGAAGGUUUUAUAGGUUAAGCUGUAAAUAUUGAUGUAUAUUGAAAAUAUUAUUGUUGAUAAUAUCAUAGUAUGUAAAAGCGUUUAAGAAAAAAAAAAGUUCUUCCAUAAUAUUUAAAAAAGCAUUCCAUUUGGCGCUAUCGUGUCUCGUUUUAGAUAGAAAGUACAUCACUAAAAAAAGCUACAAACAACACAUAUUUACCAUGAACAGCUUUAAUUUUAAUUUUAGUAGAUAACUUUUUUUUUUUCAUUAUUUGCUCAAAAAUGAUCAAAUUGAGAAAGCGGUGUUUAUAGAACAGGGUGGUUUUUAAUGUUCCUUUUUGACUUUCAUAAACUGAUAGAUAGGAAAAGUUAAAAUUAAUUAUAUGUUUAACACGUUGAAAAUAUAUAAAAGUAAGUCAAGAUUUUUUUCUCAAUUUUUGACGCAAGUAUGCAAUACGUUGAGGUGAACCAAAACUAAGCGUUCUGAAGAAGAAUUAAAAUUUAAAACCUUAAAAUUAAAAAGUGCGUAUUUUGUUGUUACAGUGAUUAUUCAGAUUUAUAUUUGUAAUAAUUGUGGUUUAUUUACUGCUUAUUUUCUGUGAAUGUGCACAAAUCUGUUAAAAUGAAAGGCCAUUUAACAAAGCUUCUCGGAUUCUUUCAAAAAGUGUCACUGAAUUCUCAACUAUAACCAUUGAUAUAACAUAGCAUUUUAUUGAGAGUUUAUUUCAUCCCAUCCCAUCUCGUCUUGUUUCAUUUUAUUGAAUACCAAUUGAUUAAAAUAACAAAAUUGAUCAACCUUACAUUAUUUUCCAUGUAGCAGAGAAUGCGCAUGUAUUUAUUAAUUGAAGAUUUUUAUAAACUCGACACUGGCAACAAUUUCGUCACAAGUCAAUUGCCAUACUUAAAAUAAGAAAAAGGAAAUGCCUAGAAUUGAAAAUAGCUACCAAACAUUAUGAAUGUUUUGGCUCAGCGUCAUUGCCUAAUUGCGUCUAUAUCGUCACAUGAGUACGAGUGGUGCCAUCACUGUUACCAUUUUAAAAUAGUUAUUAUAUUAUCUGUAGCGUUUUGUACUUAAUUUUUUUUUUCAAAUUGACACAAAUAUUUUGUAUCUACCUUAUAUGUAAUGUUUGAUUAAAAAUGUCUUUGUUAGAAAUCUUUAUUUUUUUGUUAGUUUAAAAUAGUUUUUAAGUUGACUAACUGUAUUCAUUUCACAAUAUGUAUGGUGUUGCAAACAAAUGUAUUAUUAGGUGCUACGUAAAAAGAAAUGAUGUCGCACUGUAGGUGUUGUCAUAACUAAAAUUUCUGGUGACAAAAAAAAAAAAAGCUGAGGUAUUUAUUUAUGUUAACGUAAUUGUACGGUUUUGAUGUUAAAUUGUGAUCGAGUGGUUUGUCUGUGUGUGACCAUCGCUGAUCUUGAGUGCUUACCUUGAGAGGCUUGUCGAAUUAUUAACUAUAUUGUGACAUGGCGCUUCUUGUCUUGGCCCCGUUUUUUUUUCUUAUUGUACAGACCAUGGAAAUCACUUCAUGUAUGGCUCGGUCCACCUUAAGACAUUCCAUAUGAGUCUCAAUUGCUUAGUAUAUAUAACAGCUGCUCUAUUAAAAUAAAGUGUUUCUAUAUAUAUUUUUUAUCAUUCUAGUAACAAUUUUUUUUUUAAAUAAACAAAAUACAUUUUUAUAAAAAUAUGAACAAAAAAUUUAUUAAUAUAUUUUUCAUUAGUACCAUACUAAAUCCAGUUAAGAUACUAUAAUAACUCGGAGCAGUAAUUUUAAAUUUAAAUGACUAGAUUCCAUUACAUAGAAAUAUAGAUACAGGGGAAGCGUGUAUGCCUGCAAUGUUUAUUUAGACUUGCCUCUAAUUCUACUCAUGAUUAAUAUCCUAUUUAAUAUAUGAGAUGUAUCAGUUUUCUAGCUGACUUUCCUUAAUGUUUUUUUUUUCUUUCUUUUGUUAAGUAAUUACACGUCUAAUUUGAAUAAGUUAUUUUCUGAUGAUGAUUAAUGAAAAACAUAGUAGCGUUGAAAUUUGAUUUGAUUAAAAAAUAUGUAUUGAUUUGAUUCUUUUUUUUUUGUAUAAAUUCGUUAUCUGACUGCCACUCUUGUCGAGCGCUCCUGAUCUCUGUGCACACAAUUAUGGAAGAAGAAAAAAAAAGAAAAAGAAAAGUAAAAACUGUAGCAAAAGAAUUUGAGAUUAUAUUGAUAUGAAUUUAGUUUUACAUGUAUUUUGUGUGUGAAUUGUAAUCAAUUCAGGAGGUAAUUUUCGGAAAUCGUCAAAACCGAAAUACUCAAAUAAAUUUAUUGGAUGUGAUGACGUCACAUUGUUUUUUUUUUUUUUUCCAAAUUUGAAGUCAUUGGUUUGGCUAGCUUUGAGAAUUGCCUUAACGAAUUAUUUUUGUUGGAUCUAUGUCGCAUUUAAUAUUCUAUUCGAUAUGUAUGUAUAUUUAAAAGAAAAACGUAUAACUUUUUAUAACAAAAUUAAAGAGUUCUUUUCAGAAUCUUGAA